AGGGUUUGUUUUGGUUUCGCGAUUUUUCACCACUUUGACAUCACCUAUCGAAAAAAAUGGGAUCAAAGUGAAAAAAAGUUACGAUCGUGCAGUUUUCCAUUGAAAAACAUGCAAUUAUUGGUUUAGAAAACCGGAAGUCAUCCUUCAUCGUCCUCUGAAGUAACGCCCUGCAGCCGCCACAAUGAACGCCAAGUUCGACACCAGUGAGUUCACCCGGCGCCUCAAGCGAACCUUCGACGGGAAUCUGUCCUACCGGAAGAUGUUUCUGCUGCUGUUUGUGGUGGCCGUGUUCCUGCUGUACAUUGGCCCGUCCUUUCUGCGGUGGCUGUUCAGUGGCAGCGAACCGGCCAAGGAUCACACCUUCCGCUGCAUGGACGACCGGUUGACGCCCUUUUACCUGCAGAAUCUGGAGCAUAACGUGAAUAUCCGGCACCAGCCGGCUUACGAGCACGAGCACGACGCCGUUCCGUACGUUGGCAAUGGGUGGUUCGGGGUGGAGAUUCAGGCGGACGCCCAUUUGAACGUGUUCCGGGGGCGGGCGCUGCUGCAGCCGGUCGCGUUUCAUCCGAUUGUGAGCGUUGGAGGGGGUGGUGGGGGUGUGGAAUCAGCGCGGGAAGCUACGGUUGUGGAGUAUUUGAGCGGGAUUGUGCACCGGUUCCAGUGCUUCCCCGAGGGGUACUUUGUGGCGUAUCAAUAUUACGCGCAUCGGACGAUGCCGGCGGUGCUGGUGCAGGAGCUGCAGAUAACCAACACCAAGAACCAGCUGGUGGACGUGGAGCUGGUGCUGCCGAGGAUCACGGAUUGGCCGACGGCGGUGACCAAGAGUGUGAAACUCCAGCACGGUUCGUCCAUCCUCGAGUACCAGGUCAUCACCGGUUUGGUGGAUGUGGCCGCGCCGUCUUCCUCAUCCGACGAGAAACGCAUUCGCGUGGUGUCGAUCGUAGCACGGAAGCUGCCACGUGUGCUAACCUUGAAGAAGCGUGGCAUGACCAAGCUGGAACUGCUGACCACGAUCAACUACUCGGAACCGAUCGGACGGGACAAGUACGGUUUGUACAAGGAGCAAACGGAGCAGGGCGCGAUCGACGCGAUGAACAAGGCGCUGCAGGCGGCGGAACAUGGCGAACAUAACGCUUAUUAUGCGUUUAAGCGCGAUCACGUGCGCGUUUGGAACAGUUUGUGGGAGACCGGAUUCCACAUCAGCACUUCGAUGGCGGAGAACGUGCUGAACGGGAACGACAUCAACGCGACCAUGUACGCGGUCAUUUCGCAGUCGCGCGCCUUCGAGUUUGAAGAGUCGAGUACGGCCCAGCGAAAGGCGGACAUUGCGCGGGCGCUGACCUACGCCGAGGGUUGUUACGACAGCUAUCACACGCUGCAGGCGGAGAAUCUGUGGAAGAAGAUGAGCUCACUCGAAGAGUUGAACGGAGUUGUUGGCUCGUGGAUGUUGACGCUGGAGAAGCAGGGCUGCCACAAUCUGCUCAAAGCCGGCGCCAGCGGAAUCGUCCAGGCGAUGGUCCUCAGCUUUGGCGGCUUCCGCUUCAGCAAUCAACACCUGGAGCUGAACAUCCACCCGAAGUACCUCCACCGUGAUUACGACUUCCGCCGGCUCAACUACGGCAACAUGACCCACGUCAACGUCUCCAUCGUCGUACGCGACGACAACAAAGCCGUCCUCAGCGUCGCCCUCGAUCGAUCCGACCGCAAUUACUACGCGUGCGACGCCGGCUGUCUCGACACGCCCGUCCAGCUGAGCCAGGUCAAAACCCUUUUCCCCGUCAAGCUCACCGAACCGCUCACCUCGAUCCUCUACAUAACCUCGGACAAACGACACAUGGAAGACCUUCGCCACGCGAUCCACGUCAAAGAAGUCGUCGAAGCCCCCGCCCACGAACAUCAUCUGAUCGCGCUUCACCGGCACGGCCACUCCCUAGGCGGCCUCCCCACCCUCUUCUGGGUGUCGAUCUGCGUCAUCAUCGUCGUGUUUCACGUCUUUCUCUGCAAGCUGAUAGUGAAGGAGUACUGCGAACCGCCGGACAAGAUGCGCUACCGGUACAGCAAGCCUUAGUUGCUUCAAGUUCAAGUUUAAGCUUUAGUGAUCGCUUGUAUUAAGAUUCCUAGAUAUGAGUUAUGUGUAGAGAGAGAGUGACGUAACGCUGUGG